UGCAUUAUCCACCCAAAAAAACCUCCCAAUAUGGCUUAUAUUUCUCAUUUUUUCUUUCUUUUAAUCCUUAUUUUGUCGGGAGGGAGAACGGAGAGUGCACGAGUUUUCACCGUAAUAAACAACUGCAAGGAAACAAUAUGGCCGGCGAUAACUCCGGGAGACGGUUUCAACGGCGGCGGUUUUGAACUAAAACGCGGUCAGUCAAUUGUUUUCAAAGCGCCGGUGGGGUGGUCGGGCCGGAUAUGGGGUCGAACCGGGUGCAACUUCGACCGGAACGGGAAUGGGCAGUGUCAAACCGGAGCCUGUGGGACAUCGCUCAAAUGCAAAGCGUCGGGGAAGACACCAGCGUCGCUAGCGGAGUUCACACUUCAGGCGCAGGAUUUUUACGACGUGAGCUUGGUGGAUGGGUUUAAUUUGCCGGUGGUGAUCACGCCGAUUAAUGGCACCGGAAAAUGCGGCGUGGCUGGGUGCGAUGGUGAUUUGAGAGGUGAUUGCCCGGCGGAAUUGGCUGUAAAAUCGAACGGGAAAGUUGUCGGGUGCCGGAGCGCGUGCGACGUGUUUGAUAAAGAUGAGUAUUGUUGUAGAGGUGUUUAUGGGAAUCCGGUGACUUGCCAGCCCACGUUUUACUCGAAGAAGUUUAAGGAUGCGUGUCCGACAGCGUAUAGCUACGCUUACGAUGAUCCGACAAGCAUUUUCACCUGCUCCGCCGCCGAUUAUGUCGUCAGCUUCUGCUCCAAGAGGGGGCAGCCGGUGUGCACUUACCAUAACCACAAGCUCGUUUGCAGUGGAUCAAAGGGCUUGAAAUCCGUCGUGGGCGGAGGAUGGUGGGCUCUAAUGGCGGCUAUUCUAUUUCUCGUUAAUUCGUCGGUUAUUUUUUAACGUUGAGGCUACGUGAUUUUCAUAUUGUUUAUGUAUUUUAUUUUUAGUUAUUUA